AUGGAAAAACUUAGAGGAGAGCCUGGGAUCAACAUUGGGAAACUUCAAGACUUCCGUCACCAGCUUUGGGGUGACGCGUCUCAGCCGAUUAAGCUCCUCCACAAGCUGCGGGCUCCAGUGCUUAUGUUUUCUGAAAGCGUCCACUAUGUACCUCGCAAUAGGGGACAAAUUCGUCGCCAGCGAGAAGAAUUUCUCGGACGGGUCUUUCGCAUACGAUCGUCUUUGAUUCAAUUCAUCGUCCGGGUCCCACUUCUGGAGGUCGAAGGGCUCCUGCACGGCGGCGGUGGGGCGGCUGAACUUCUUAGGGCUUAUUAUUUGGCGGUUGGAGAACGGGCCGCCGCGAACUGUGGGUUGGUUUUGGGUGGGCUUUCGGUGGCCGUAGUAGAAGUAAGCGCCGCCUGCGGUGCUGGCGGCGGCAUUGUGAGAAAUGACUGA